GUUAGAGACUUUGAAACGAUGUCGGGAUUUCCAGGUUUGAGUUUUCUAGGCCCAAAAGGCAAGAACGCUGUUGUAGCGGGAGGCUUGACAGCAUUUGUUUUUGGGGUUUAUUUCUACACGAUGAAGGCUGUUGGUGGCACGGACGAGCUUCAGAUGGCUAUAGACAAGUUUGAAGACCAGAAACAGGUCGAGACCGACCCCAAGGUUACAGCGAAAGUCUGAUCUUCAGAGGCUUUUGAUAAGUCCAAUAAAACAUGUUCAUCUUUUGUCUUCCCAAGUUCUUACUUUUACGAGUUUGGCUCGUUUCUGUGUGUUUGAGUCUUUAAGUCCAAUCCUUGAAACAAUGGUUAAACAAGAGAAUGUCUAAUACGACUUCGUUUUGAUGUUUUUGACAUUGUUGUCAUAUAAUCUUGUACCUAAACGUUUGUUGGAAGGUUUGGUUAUCCAUAAGAGUUUUAUUAGCCUGG